AUGGCUUUCCGUGGAGGUAGAGGAGGAUCUAGAGGAGGUGGCAUAAAAGGAGCAACAUGGGAGCACGAUGCCACCUUAAAACUAGACUUUACACCAAAUGAUGACUAUCCUCGCCAUCCCAAUCUUAAACGUCCUUCACCUCUCACACCCCAAGAACGCACACAAGUGAAAUACUACCGCACGCUUCGCGACAAAAUCCAUCGCGGGCCCCUCUACACUCAUUCCACUAAGAGAGAUACCGAAACGCCAGCAAAAACAUUUGGAGAAAAGCAAUUCAAUGAGCAAUAUGGACGACAAACCAAAGCUGAUUUCGAUCCAUUUCUCGGAGUUGAAACAUACAGUAUGAAAUACCAACGCAAGAAGCGAGCUAUACCAUUAGUGAGCGGGAUGAAUUUUACCAAGGAGUUUUAUCCCAAGGAAUUAUGGUCAGUUUUGGAUGGAGAAGAAGAAGCGAAGGUUGCGAAGGAUAAUGCGGCAUUGGCCGCAAUGGGCGAUGAAGAUCCGUCGGAGAGGACCAAAGCUUUAUUGGCGAAGAUUGAGAGGGCGACGGGAGUAGAAGGUGCGGAGGGAGAGGAAGAUGUGGGAGAGGAAGAAAUUGAGGAGGAACAAGAUAAUGAUUAUGAAGAUGAUGAGGAAGAUAUGGGUGGUGAUUAUGAUGCGGAGCAGUACUUUGAGAAUGGUGAGGAUGAUGAUGAUGAUGAUGGUGGGGAUGGAGGUGGUGGAGAUGAUUAUUAG